CUUAGCUCUAUUCAUUUAAGAUGAUACCAUUUCUCGUUAUUGAAUAAUCGUUGAAUUUGUCUUCAAAAGGUUUAAAAAAAUUAAAGUAUUGCUAUGGAAUCUUAUCUGAUUUUCUGCAGAAUUUAAGAUAAAAAUGAGUAGCAAUCCUAUUAUUACGAGUAUCUUGAAACUGCAACCCAAACAGAACAUAGUUUCAACAAAUUCUACGCCUUUUACUCCAGAAAGACAAAAUGUUCCCAAAACUGUUAGCUUACUUUUGACACCAGAAUCAGCUUUAGCUCCCAAUAAUGAACAAAAUAAUUCAAGUAUUAACUUGAAAUCAGGAAAUGUUUUAAAAUUAAAGCAUAAUGAUAUUAGUGAUAUGUGUUUUAAAGGUGAUAAUUUGCAACAACUAAGUACCAAUGCUUUGCCACAAUUUACUCCAACUCCUCCACCUAAUCCAGCCAAAGCUAAUUUUGAAGCCUUUUGUUGUUCAGAUUGUGGUGAUACCUUUGCUCUGAAAUGUAGUUUGACUUUUCAUCUUGAACGAAGAUCUGUUUUGAUUAAAUUUCCUUGUGAAGCAUGUAAAGGAGUUCGCAUUUUCUACAAUCGUUGUACUUUACUGUCUCACAUAAGGUCUCAUGCUGAUAAAAAUGAACCUGCUGCUAUUGAGAAAGCGGUAGUAAAUCCUUUACCUCGUGUUUUUAUGGAUGGUCUCCAAAAUGAAUUUGUGAACACUCUUGAUGAUGAUUUAAAUAGCAUGGAUGAUAUUAAUGAAACACCACCUUCAGAAUUAUUGGAGUUUUCUUUAAAAGAAGAUGAUGAUGCAUUUUUGCUGAAAGAGAAGGCAGUUAUAUUUCCUAACACAGAAAAGGUGAAAUGUUCAGACUGUAAUGAAGAAUUUGAAACUGCUGAAGCUAGGAAAGAACAUCUGACAAAUGGAGAUAAAAUUCCUGUCAUGGUUUCUCAAUGUAAUAAGUGUGGAAUGGUAUGCCCAUCAAAAUGUAGUUUGAAAGCUCACCAAAGAUUGCAUCUGCAGGUUAGUCCUUACAUAUGCCCUGAAUGUGGAGAAAGCCCAAAUGCAUAUUGGGCAAAUUUUCAGCAUCAUGUUAAAUACAAGUGUUUUCAUCAAUCUCGGGGCAUUGGUUAUAAAUGCCCAGUUUGUAAAAGAGUAUCACCGAGCAAUGAAUCAUUACUUAAACACAUGGAAUUGCAUACAGAAAAAUACUUGAAAUGUGAAUCCUGUCCAAGGGCUUAUAUUUCUAAGAUGAAUUUCGAUGAACAUGUAAAAGAUUAUCAUGGUGGAAAACCAAUAAAAUUUAAUACAAUCUAUAAGUGUUCAUUGUGUGAUAUAGUAUUUAUGGGUAGUGAAUCAAUGUUGACUCACAGAUCAACUCAUCUUAAAGAACAGAUUUGUGAAUAUGUUUUUAAUUGUAUGCAAUGUGGAAAACCUUUAGAAAAUAAACAGUUACUAGCAGAACACAUAAAGAAUUCUCAUCCAAAAAUUUAUAAGCUUAUGACUCGAGAUGAAGCACCUGAGGAAAAACAAUCUGCUCCUUCUACAUACAAAGGGAAAAUUGAAUGCAUCUUAUGCAAUUGUAAAUUUAAUAACUUUCAAGGUUAUAGUGUUCAUAUUUCAAGAACUCAUGUAAACAUGAAUCAGCCUUGUAGUUACUGUUUCAUGAUUAUUGGAAACAGAAGAGAGAUGGUAACUCAUGGAAAAAAACACUUGAAGAAAGGAAAUAUUAUUUGUCUGCUAUGUAACAAUAUGAAAUGUAGUGAUGAAAAACGCUUAGAUGCACAUUUAUCUAAACACCAUGUUGAUAAGUUGCAGUAUUGCACUGUCUGUCCUAUCUGUAAUGAAAUGUUGGCAACAUUUCAUGGUACUCUAAACCAUCUUCGUGUUGAGCAUUUUCUGGUUACCAAAGAAUCUGUGAAUGAGACAGCUGAGAGCAUAAUUACAAGAUCUGAAAAUGUUACUUGUCACUUCUGCAGAAUUUCAUUUGAUAAUGACUUUGAACUUCAAGCCCAUUUGAAAUCUACACAUCAUGCUGACCACAAUAAACAGCCAGCUAAUGUAUUCACAACAGAUGAAAAGGAACAAGAAUCUCCUGCAAAGAAACAGCGGAUAGAAGGGAACAUUUGUGCAAAAUGUGAUUUUCAAUCAUCUGAGAGGGAAGCUUUCAAAAAACAUUUGCUUACUCAUAAAACAAACAAAAGUACAUUUCAGUGUCAAGAAUGUGGUCUUUGUUUUGUUGUUGAACCAGCACUGAUAAAGCAUUUACGAAUCAUACAUAAAAUAAGUGAUACACAAAAAUAUAUUGAGGAAGAAGGGACGAAUUUCAUGCCUCCUGAUUCCAAAACAGCAACUGAAGUACGUUCUUGCGAUUCCCUCAUAUGUAAUGUUUGUUUCACAAGUUUUCCAUCAGAGACACAAUUAAAAACUCAUAUGCGUAGCCAUGGAAUGGCUUUUAUUCAAGCCACUAAAACAAAUGCAACAUCUUAAAAUUCUGUUCUUUUAUAAAUAUCCAUGAAUUCAAUUUAUUCUUAUUAUGUAAUAAUAGAUAAUUUUCCCUUUUGUUAUUUAUAAUAAUUUUAGCCAAAAUCAAUUGUUAAAAAUUUUUAAUUGGAAACAUUCAUUUAGAAAGAAGAGUUUGUUUUUUUUUUUAAAAUUGGAGCCAUUCAAAGCAAUUUUUUUCAAUGAUGGAAGAUGGCAUAUAUAUAUUUAUAUAUAUAUGUGUGUGUUUUCAGAAUAAAAAUAUUUAUUCAUCUUUGAUGAUUUAAUGUGAUUAAUAUUAAACUAAGCAAUUAUAGUCGAUAAAUUUUUACUUACUAUAUCAAAGGGUGUUUUAUUAUCAAAUGGUCAAUAAACAACCCUAGGUGUAAACUAAGCAAUUAUAGUCGAUAAAUUUUUACUUACUAUAUCAAAGGGUGUUUUAUUAUCAAAUGGUCGAUAAACAACCCUAGGUGUGAACUAUAAUGUAUAUUUAAGAAUUUCUCUAUUUUUCAACAGGAUUUAUUUUUGAAUAUUAGUAAUCAAUAUUAUCUCUGAAAUAAAAUUCUUUAUUUAAAAUAAAUAUUGUUUAAUUUUGUGAAAUUUUUUUGUCAUAAAGAUGUAUAGAAGCAGAUACUAAAAUUAACAGUAAUGUAGCUAUAUGGAAACUCUCCACAUAGUAUCUUGUUCAAUCUGAACUGUUGCAUCUUCAACUUAUGUAUCAUCAUCGGUUUUCUCCAAGAAGUUUCUUUAAUGAUUCAUCUUUUAGCUUCCAAAAUGUGAUGCUAAUUCAAAUGCUUAGCUGAUAUUUUAGAUAAGAUAAAAUCAUUAAUUAUGUUUUACUUAAUUUAAUGUAAGCAUUUUUAUAUAUAUAUAUAUAUUUGUUGAUUUAUGAAAGUAGUGUCAUUUCCUCUU